AAAACACACACACUCACACCUUAGUGCACCUGUUGAGCGUACACCAUUUGUGGUAUCUAUGUAUUUAUCACCUGAAGCUCUGAGCAGAAGCAGCAGACUGUUUUUUUUUGGUGUUAGACAAGAUCAGCUGUUGAAAAGGCCGACUUUUGUCAACUGGGAGAGAUUAUGGCCUCUAUGAUUGGCCUCCUCCCUGAGAAGCACUUCUUGUGCCCUCUGUGUAAAGACAUCUUCAGUGGCCCCGUAACCACACCCUGUGGACACAGCUUCUGUCUGUCCUGUCUCAGCAAUUACUGGUCACGACACCAAUCCCGAUACUGCCCCCUCUGUAAAAGAGUGUUUGCUGACAGGCCUGACCUCAGUGUUAACCGCAUUCUGGCAGACCUCUCAGACAACUACAAAAAGACUCGACCAGAGGAACCACCUGAAGAAGAAACGGUUUUAGACAUUGAGCAAAUGAUUCAAGAAAGGCUGCAGAAGAUAGAGCGGUUAAAAUGUUCCCUCCAGCUCCAAAAGAACUCUUACCUCAGAGAGGUGCGAGAGAGCCAGAAGGUCUUCUCCGUUCUCGUAAAUGUGAUGGAGAAGAGUCACAAAGCCCUCGUCACAGCCAUAGAGGAGAAGCAGACAGAGGAGGAGAGGAGAGUAGAGACACUGGUGGAGGAGCUGAAACAGGAGAUCCAGGAGCUGAGGAAGGAGAGCCCUGAAUCUGACCCUCAGAUUACUGAAAACAGUGACCAAAGCGAAGAUAUAAAGCAAGUUACUGUGAGCAUCAUUUCCAACACUUGCCCCUCUGAGAUGAAGGACUGGUCCAAGGUUACCAUAGAAACUGACCCUUGUCUUGGGGUCACUAGACAGGCUUUGUCAGAGGUGAAGGAAUUGAUCAAGUUAGAGGUGAACAGGCUCUCCAAAUCUGAACUCAAGAGAAUAGAGAAAUACACAGUGGAUGUCAAUCUGAGUGCAAAGACAGCCCACCCCUCCCUCUCUGUCUCGGAUGGCAGAAAACAGGUGAGACUAACAGACAAGCUUCAGGAGGUUUCAGAUCACCCAAAGCGCUUUGACCGUGUUGCAAACGUGCUGGCCAAAGAAAGCUUCAGCAGUGGGAGGUGCUACUGGGAGGUGGAGGUUGGGGAGAAGAUCGAGUGGAACCUGGGUGUGGUCAGACAGUCCAUAAACAGGAAAGGCAAGUUCACUGUCUGCCCUGCAAAUGGUUUCUGGACUUUAAGCCUGAAGCCUGGAGGCCAGUACAUCGCCAACACCUCUCCUGUCACCCCUGUGGCUCUAGGGCAGAGACCCAAGACUGUGGGCGUGUUUCUGGACUACAACGAGGGCCGUGUGUCCUUCUUCUGCAUAGACUCUGGAGUCCAUAUUCACACCUUUACAGAUACAUUCACUGACAGGCUGCAUCCUUUCUUCAGUCCUGGUCGCCUGCAUGGCACCAAAAACGCUGCGCCCCUAACAAUCUGUUCAAGUUUCUGCAGCAUCUAAGCACCAUAAAUAAUGUAUGAUUUCUAAAUCUGCAGAGUGGUUGACGUUGUGGUGCUUUAAGUUAUCUCAUCAGUACAAAAUAUAGUAUGCAAAAUAUGUUUAUAUAGUUACAAAUCCAAACAGAAAACACAAUGACCCUCAUUUUCUCUGUCAGAACAGUAAACAAGGGGUUGCAGAAGGACUGGCUCCCUACUUGAAAACUUCAAUAAAAGCCAUAAACAGAUGGAAAAGGCAAGACGAGGGUAGAAGAAAAGGGAAAGCUCUAAUAAUGAACAAGUGAGUCAAAGUCGAAAAAGAGAAGAAAAUGGCUGCCCGGGUUGGAUGGAUAUGAGGGUGCUGCAAGGGCUGGGACAGAGGUUGACGAGGAGCAGCGAGAGAGGGCACAGUAAGACAGCAGGGCAUUGUGCUCGUACACCAGGCACUGGGAGACACAUUCAAACACAUUCACUCAUUCACACACUGACGCCGCCGUGCACACAAGCGCAUGCUUCUGCCCACUGCCGCUCAGACUUGCGCUGGCAUCUCAGAGGGCAGCCCCAUCUUCAGUCCAGUCCUGGGUGUCGAAGCUGAUCCACACAUCUCUCGGCUUCAGUUCACCUGACCUCUGAGAUACUAGCCUCCUCCCCUGUGGACUGCAGUCAAUUCUCAGGGCCGUCACCCGCAGUCACCAGGUAUCCCAGCAGAUCUACAGAAGCAGAGGAGCUGUGACAACAACCUGUGGGCCAAGAGGAGCAGUGAGAGUACGUAAUUUGUGGAUACCUACCCUUCUCCUGCCAAGUUGAGCUCAACGACCGUCCAAAGACUGAAGAUCCAGCAGUGGAGCACAAUAUUUCCAGAACUUUGGACUGUUGCAUUUCUUUGUGGGACAAGAAGUGGGCCCACUGCAAGAAAGAAAGGCUGAAAUAAAACCAAGACAAAUUCUGACAUCUGAUUCAAACAACACCUUUCACCAUGGCAACCA